GCUCCCAGCCCCAGUAUAAGUUUAACUCUGUUCAUUGAAUCAUCAUCCGCUGCUACGAUGAAGUGUUCAUUGUUUUUAGUUUUUUUGUUGAUACACUUGUGUACUCUUUUAUUCGGUGAUUCCCAAGCAGAGGGGCAAAAACGCUGUAACAUAGCUUAUAAGUGUUCUACGAUACCUAAACCAGUAUGGACCACUACCAAUGGCUUGAGCUGUGAGGUAUUUAGGAAUCAAUGCUAUCUGAAUAAUGAAAACUGCCAGCGUGUGAACAGAGAUGAACCAGAAGCCCGUGAAAUAGAUGAGGACAAAUGUCGAGAUCUAUGCAAAUCCGCUCCACCAUGCCCGACAGAGGAUCACCCAGUUUGUGGGUACUACGAAGAUGAGCGGAAAACUUUUCCAAGCGAGUGUGAUAUGAAGAAAUACGUUUGUGAGACCGCAAAGACUUUUGAUCUAUUGGCUGUUGGCAAGUGUAAGGGUUAACGAUGUAGUGAAGGAUUUUAAUACAAAAACGUUGUCUUUCAAAUUUUAUAGAAAAUAGUCUUUUUUCUUUCUAAAUAAAACUCGAACUUGUUUUCUAACACAA